AUGAGAAAGAUGAGAAGAUUCUUUGCUCCUUCACUCGUUUUAAAUCGAAGCAGGCGCGGCGCCAAGGUUCUGAUCACUCGCGCGCGCCUUUUUUCGGGAGCGGCGGUGCGUCCUGCGAGAGUCGUCGGAAACGAUGCGGAACCGUGCAAAAACAACCCUGACCACGAUGGUUCGUCUUCAAUUUGUCGAAGCGAACAAGGAACGCCGGAUCUGCCUGUUUUCCAUUCUAGGACCCUAGAAAAAGUCGCAUCCGAAGCGGAAAGCAGCGCGGAGCUGCCUUCCUUCUCGUGCAGAAGUAGUGACACUGCGGCCGAUUCGUUCUCGUCCACAUCAAACAAUGCAGUCUCAUCCACCACAAAAAAUGAUGCCCGAUCAGCAGAAAUCGCUUUCGAUCCUCCAACUUGCUUACGCCCAACACGGGGCAUGCAGGAACGGAGCCGCUUAGAGCGUACGUUGUCGACCGGGGUGGUCAGCGUAGACGCUUUAGCGCCUAUUGGACAGGGAGCGUCCAUGCUCUGUGUCCAUAGGAGCGCAACGGAUGUGCGCGGUUUCACCAAACUGGUUGCCAAAGGGUGCUUUGAGAGCGGGAGCGUAGACGCCGUCCUUUCCGUUUCAAGUGUGGCUCGUGACUUGGGCCAUCGAACGAGUGGAAGUGUUGAUUUACGGCCAUUAUUCGAAAAAUGAAAAUUUUCCAUCAAAACCAACGUGAAUAUUCGUGCCCACAGUAUCAGCGUUCUACCUACACCCCAAUAGUACCACUGUGUAUAACUAUAAGAUGCAAAGUAAGCCUUGACAUUAGAAAGAGUCUUGUGUAUUACAAGUAGUUCUAGUAUGUUGACCACUACAAGUUGUAAGAACUUUUUCGUUGUCCUACUCGCUUCAUGUUGUGUGAGUCUUACCUUCCAGAGGAAGUUCGCUUUUAUUUUGGGAAGCUAGGUCUAGCUCUAAGACUGGGUGGUGAUGAUGUUGCCGCUUCGUCAUGGCGGUUGCUUGCACAAGCGGAAGCUAUGGCCCAAGACGGGGAGAAGAAUGUCUUGUGUAUCCUCGACAUGACUCCGUUUAUUCAGAUGUGGGAGCAGGGACAGGUACGUAGAACAAGGCUUGCGGAGAACACAACGUGUGCGCCCGGUGUCAAUCCAGAGGAAGACGGAAAUGAGCAACGAAUGCCGCUAGCCUCCGGCGACAGCAGCACUUUCGAAUAAGGCGAUGCUCAACUGCGUGUUCUUGAAUGAAGUAGCUAGAUGUAGUGCAACUGAAAAUGCAAGUCGAUUACAACUGUAACUCCUAUCAUUUUUACAACAGAACAAAGACGCAAAUAAAUGCAACUCUGAUGGGCAUUGAUUUUUGUCAUUGUCAAUGAGAGCAGGACGCUGAUGUGGGACACUAGAAUAUUAUUGACGACUAAGACGAGCGAAAUUUCACUUAGUAAAACUAAGUACACGACAGCUAUGCGGAUGGCGCCGAUUUGACGGCACCGCGAAUGCCAGAACGAAUGACGAACACGGAAAUAAGCCACAGAAUCCAAGGAUAUCACCAGUCCCUCUCGGCAUCAUUUUCCAGAGGCGGUUCCCGUCCGUUUGAAGCGCAAUGGCGUAAAGCCGAGGCUCCCCCAGAGUGUCGACGUGGUUUCUUCAGCGAGGUCACGGAGCGGGCGGCGAAUCUCAAAGGUGAAGGGAGUGUAAGUUUGCUGUUGACCGUAGAUCGCGAUGUCAUCACGGAUGAAAACUUAGUGCACGAAUUGCAGAGCCUCACGGACGGGCACCUGCAUUUCGGUGUUGGGUCGGCCGCGAACCGCUUCGAUUGUCGCCGCAGUCUAACAAGAUUUGGCCUCGGAGCGCACAACGCGCAUUUGCGUAGAAAUAUGAUUAUGGGUGAUGGUUUGUCCCGCCAUGAAGCUAGUAGCACGAAAUAGUGAACCAUGACGAUGAGUAGCGUUUUUCAUCUUGAACACUGUAUUUUGUUUUGAUGCCUAUCGGAUCUCUUUUGUCCCCCACACUGAUUUCAAAGACUAUAGCUUCAAUAAGACAUGAACACUGGUGUCUUGCUGGUUUGAGCUUCCUACACCUUUGCAUAGGCGAUUAGCAAUAAGGGAUUAGCUUCUUCGUUGUAUUAAAACAUGUAGAACUUGAUCCACUGAUGUGGGGAGACUGACAUCGUUAGUACAAUGAUAAAUUGAAUGGUGGACGUAUAGCCAUCGGCGUAGAGACGACGAGAAAGUGUUGCUGUGACGGUGCCUUAUACAUUGCUUCGUUUCCUCGUGUUAGUCCGUACGUCGACGAACGAACCUGGGGGAUAGUGGAAUCUGUCUAGUCUAGGACAUCCUUUCAUGCAAUGCCCACUGACAUUAACAAGAUCUCCUUUCAUACAGAUGUUGCAAAAGAUAGCGGGGCACUUACGUCUGCAGCUGGCCUCCGACGCAGACAACGUGGCGCGGCAGUUCUACUCCUCGACCAGAAAGCAAGGCAGCUUUGCAGAAGGCAAGGCGGUUUCGAGGCCAGCAGCUUGUAGGACUACCGAUCACCUCUACGCAGAGGACAAACAGCCGAGUCCUCUUUCUCACGCAGAUCACUCAUCACCACUGCAACAAGGUCACCAAAACAGGAUACCGCACAAGACCAGUGCGGAGGACGCAGAUCAGACGCAGGCUAGGCUCAUGGCGCAAGUCGUCGCGGCAGUAGAGGGCCAAGUUGUCGUAGCGGAAAGUGACAUAAAAGUGAAAGGUGAAGAGACCGCGAAGUGGAGCAGUUCACCUGUGCCACUAGAGGAGCAACUCGUCUUACUGUUGUUAUGCUUUUCAAUAUAAAUAAGUUCAAGAAUUUAGAAUGUAGUUCUAGUAUGUACUACAACGAUAAAGAGAGUGGUACUUGAAGUAGUGUCUUACGCAACUACUCAAAAAAGUCCUACUAGUGCUACAUUUAUAUUUCAUCAUAGGAUAGAAAAAUAUGAGAAGGUGGAACCCCCUUGCCGCGAUUCCGAUUCUAGGAAGGCUCUGAGGCGUGCAAGAAGUAGACGAGGUAAUCUUUUGUUUUACUGUUUCUGAAACAAACAUUCACAUCUAAUUUUAGCAGCGAGUACGCACAUUUUUCCGGACACUGACGUUUUUCGUGGCGGAAGGGAGUGCGCGUUUUUGCGUUACACACGGGAAUUUGCGAAGCCAAUGUUGACACGGCUCCGCGACACAGUCAUAGAGGAAAAUCAGAUGCCCGAUCAAGAACUGUCCCUCAUGCUCGCCAAAAACGCAGAGCUUUUCUCGAUAUUUACUUCAAGGACUAAGGGUUACUAGUGUUGUGCCCUUGUUUUUUAACUCGACAACAGUUCUGCGUGACGAAACAACAAGUCCUCUGAGUCUGAUGUGAUGAAUGCAAGAAUCGAAGUGUUGCUACUGUGUGUCUAUCAUGCUGGAAAAUGGAAAUGCUAUUUGUCCAUAUAUUUACACUGAAGCUUGCAGUGCAACUGCAAGAGGUACGGCAGUAGCAGCUGCGGGUAAGGAGGUUAAUGUACUCCACCCGUCGCCGGCAGGUACACCGGACAACACUGGGGUCACCCUUUCGGCGUUCUCGGAAUACAAAAAAAAAAGAAAUCGGUGCCUUGUUGAGGCAAUCUGAUUGAUUGACUGAUUGAGCAGUGCAACUGCAAGAAGAUGAAGAUGCUUCGCAGAAGAUACAUCUUCUUGCUCGCAAUUUUUUUGAUGAGCACCUGCACGAU